AUAUUAAUAAGUUUGUAUAAGUUUUUCAUUGAUAUCAAACACGCGGUGAACGCAUUGAUACGACUGUCCAGAGAGCACCCAAAACAGAUCACUUUGUUUGCUUUGGGACCCCUCACCAACAUAGCACUGGCCUAUCAUUUGGAUAACAAAUUGUUUGACAAUUUGGAGCAAAUCGUGUUUAUGGGCGGAACUCUUGAUUUCAAUGGGAAUAUGGAUCCCGUGAAGGAGUUUAAUAUAGCGAGUGAUGCCGAGGCCUGUCAUAUAGUGCUGUCCAAUGCUAAGGACAAGUGUCCUUUCACAGCAGUUCCCAUUGAAUGCUGUGAGAGUAAUUUGAUGACCUGGGACAUUUAUGACAAAAUAGUAACGUUGGGGACAAAGAAGUCCACAUUUGCAAAACAAGUCUUAGCCAUGGAGUACAGUAGAGUUCACCCUCAACCUGGAGCUAAAGGUAUGAUAAUGUUUGAUAUGUUGGCAAUUAUUGCACUCUUGUAUGCGGACUAUAUUGAGAGCUCCACUCCAUAUAAGACAUCGAUUGAAUUGAACGGAACCCUCACGAGAGGGGAACUGGUGUUUGAUAAGAGAACGCCGGGACCUGAUGUUAAACCCAUGGAUUGGACUUCGUUAGUAAUUAUAGACACCGACAGUGGUGUUGACGACGCGUUGGCCAUAAUGUUGGCCACGUAUUGCCACAAACAAGACUUCAUUGACAUACUGGCCAUCACCUGCACCCAUGGAAAUACAGGCGUCGAUAAUGUGUGCACAAAUGUUUGCUAUACUCUAAGAGCCUGUGAUUUAGAGGACCAUGGAAAUACAGCCGUCGAUAAUGUGUGCAAAAAUGUUUGCUAUACUCUAAGAGCCUGUGAUUUAGAGCAAAUCAAGGUAUACCGGGGUAGUGAGGGACCUAUUAUCGGGAAAUACAUAUAUGACGAUUGGGAUGGGAAAGAUGGUUUGGGUGACUCCACUAAGGAUAUGCCUCCUAUUGUACCGCAUAUUGAGAGCGAACACGCGGCCAAUGCAUUGGUACGACUGGCCAGAGAGCAUCCAAAACAAAUUACUGUUAUUGCUUUGGGACCCCUGUCCAACAUUGGCACAGCCUAUAUGUUGGACAACAAUUUCUACGAUAAUUUGGAGCAAAUCGUGUUUAUGGGCGGAUGUGUUGAUUACGUGGGAAAUGUAGGUCCGGUUCAGGAGUUUAAUAUCCAGAGGGACGCCGAGGCCUGUAGUAUAAUGCUGUCCAACGCUAAGUGCCCGCUCAUAUCAGUGCCGUGGGAGUGCGGUCAGAUAAUUAUAGACACCGACAGUGGUGUUGACGACGCGUUGGCCAUAAUGUUGGCCACGUAUUGCCACAAACAAGACUUCAUUGACAUACUGGCCAUCACUUGCACCCAUGGAAAUACAGCCGUCGAUAAUGUGUGCAAAAAUGUUUGCUAUACUCUAAGAGCCUGUGAUUUAGAGGUAUACCGGGGCUGUGAGGGACCUAUUAUCGGGAAAUACAUACCAAACGAUUACCACGGAGAGGACGGAUUGGGUGACUCCACUAAAGACAUGCCUCCUAUUGUCCCUCACAUUGAGAGCGAGCACGCGGUCAACGCUUUAGUACGACUGUCCCGGGAGUAUGCAAAUCAGAUUACUAUAGUCACAUUGGGACCCCUGUCCAACAUUGGCACAGCCUAUCUGUUGGACAACAAUUUCUACAAUAAUUUGAAGCAAAUCGUGUUUAUGGGCGGAUGUGUUGAUUACGUGGGAAAUAUAGGUCCGGUUCAGGAGUUUAAUAUCCAGAGGGACGCCGAGGCCUGUACGGCUGGUCAUCCCCACGAGAAUAUAAGCGCUCAUUUCAGGGGAACUACACUCUACUGUCCGCCAGAAUAUAUCAAAUACCGGUUAUAUUACGGGCAAUCGCAGACUGUCUGGUCUUUGGGUAUAUUUCUGUACGAAUUAUUCUGUGGAGACAUACCGUUCCUCACCGUCAAUGAUAUACUCAAUGAAAGUAAUGCCCUCCGCUUUCCCGAUCACGUGUCCAAAGAGUAUCGCAAUAUAAUAGAGAAGUGUUUGCAUCGAAAGCAACUCAGAAGACCAUCCAUUCGUGACUUACUUUCACAUCAAUUGUUUGAAUAA